AUGCGAAGAAUGAAACACACGGAACUGCUGUCUUUGAGGCAAGGAAACAUGACUAUCAAUGAAUACAUUGCAAAGUUUGCACAACUGAUGGAAUAUGCCAAUUUUGACCGUAACAUCUAUGAUGAGGAGUGGCAAAUGGAGAAGUUUGAGAGCGGAUUGCAUCCCGAGAUCAGAAAGCUCAUGUUGACCACGGCUAUCCGUACUCUGCCCGAAAUCAUUAAUCAGAGUCGGCAGGCAGAAGGCAUUAUCAUUGAAGCAAGAAAUUUGAAUAGACAACCGGUGCAACAGCAGGAAGGAAACAGAGGGAGCAGAUUCUUCAAGAAGAACACGGGAAUGAACAAGGGAAAGGGUCCACAGAUGCAAGCUCGGAAUGGUAAUUUCAAGAGAAAUACUGCACCGGUCAGUCACCAGCAGGACGUCAGGGUCCCAGUGCAUGUUCUAAUUGUGGGAAAAACCAUGCUGGAGUCCGCUUACAGGGGAGCAACACAUGCUACAGAUGUGCAACCUACGCAGGCCAGAGUGUUCACCCUCGAUGCUAAUGAGGCGCAGAAAUAUCCGAAUCUUAUUCGAGGUAACAUAAUCCUUAACGGUUAUCCUAUUUCUGCUAUUUUUGAUUCUGGAGCAUCUGGUUCGUUUAUGGCAAAACAUAUAGCUAUGAAGAUAGGUAUCACCCCAGCUCCACUCCCCUAUGAAUUACAAAUCAGUACUCCUACGGGAGGAUCCUGUACAGCCUCAGAAAUUUGCAGAGGCGUUCUUCUGGAGUAUGAAGGAAGCAUUUAUACAAUCAACUUAGUGGUCUUGUCGGUAUUCAAUUUCGAAGUAAUUAUCGAUAUGGACUGGUUGGUGGAGAACAGGAUCACUUUGGACUGCCAAGCAGGGAAGAUCAUUGUUCCUCCGAGAUACAGUAAUUUUUUGUCUUUUGCUACUAUCUCUAUGUUGCAAGUUCGUAAAGAGCUUCUUCGGGGAGCUGCAGGUUAUCUUUUGUCAAUCGAAGCUGAGACCCUGGUUGAAAAUCCAAUUCAAAAUGUACCAGUAGUGAAUGAAUUCGAGGAGGUGUUUCCUGAUGAAAUUCCUCGAUUACCCCCCUCAGCGGGAAGUAGAAUUUUCCAUUGA